AUCCGGUAAGGCUAUCCAGCAACAGAAACUGAGUGACAUGUGACAAUGACCGGGUCCGGAUAAAUUUACUCCACAUAUUCGUUUGAUGUCGAUACCGCGUUAUUAUCGUGAUUUGUUUAAUAUUUAGUAAAAUACCGCAGUAAUCAUGAAUCUCCUACUUUUGGGAUUGUCCGUCAGUUCCCUUAUUGGAACAUGUAAAAGUUUUCAGUCGGAAAUGGUUGCGAAUGUUCUCAGAAACUGGAUACAUUCAGACCCGGAAGUUUUCAUGAAUGUGUCCCAGCUGGUGACCAGUAAAGGCUAUCCCUGUGAGGAGUACACCAUUGAGACCAAGGAUGGCUAUCUCCUGGGGAUACAGAGAAUCCCACAUGGACGGGACAACAGGCACCACACCCACAACAGCCAGCCACGCCCUCCAGUGUUCCUCCAGCAUGGGCUCCUGGGAACCAGCGCUGACUGGGUCAUAAAUCUGGCUAAUGAAAGCCUGGGAUUCCAGCUUGCUGAUGCAGGUUUCGACGUAUGGAUGGGGAAUUCCCGCGGGAACACAUAUUCUACCAGACAUGUCAAGCUGUCUCCCCAUUGUGAUAAGUUUUGGGAAUUUAGCUUUGACGAGAUGGCCAAGUACGACGUUCCGGCCGUACUAAACCACAUACUUACUGUGACUGAGCAGAAUAACCUAUUCUACAUCGGUCACUCCCAGGGAACUUUGAUCAACUUUGCCAUGCUGUCAGAAAAUCCAGAACUAGCUAAAAAGAUAAAACUGUUCGUGGCCCUCGGACCUGUGACAGUGCCUGCCCAUAUCAUAAGUCCACUCAAGUAUUUGGCAAAUGUCCCAGAUCAGAUAGCCUAUUUGUUGUUCGGAAGGAAGGAUUUCCUCCCAAAUGAUCUCAUCAUUAAGAUUUUGGGUGACACACUAUGCAAGGAAACUGUAACCCGAGCUGUGUGUUCAGACAUCUUGUUUCUAUGUGCUGGUUAUGACAUACACAACUUAAACAAGACGAGAUUACCUGUAUACAUCAGCCACACACCUGCCGGGACCUCCAUGCAGGAUAUGAUCCACUUCUCACAGAUGAUCCGAAGUAAACAGUUCCAGAAGUAUGACUACGGAUCAGUGUUGGCCAAUAAACAGCACUAUGGACAGGCCACACCCCCUGUUUAUGAUGUUAGCAAAGUGACCACCCCUGUUGUGCUGUACUGGGCGGAGAAGGACUGGUUGGCUGUUCCCCAGGAUGUCAAAAUUCUGCAGUCAAAGUUGCCCAAUGUUCGCGGGAGUUACGAAAUCAAAGACUGGAAUCACCUUGAUUUUAUCUGGGGCGUUAAUUCGUACAAUGUCUUAUACAAAGACAUCAUCCAGUUACUCCUCAAUGCAACAGACUGAUAGUGUAUAUACUGGCCAUGUGGGCAGAUGCUACCAGGUGUGUCAGCAGACAACACUACAGAAGGAUAGUGUGUGGGCAUGUGUGCAGACCUCAUCAGUCUGAUGGUGUGUGUGGGCAUGUGGGCAGAUCUCCUCAGACUGAUGGUGUAUGUGGGUAGAUAUCAUCAGACUGAUGGUGUGUGUGGGUAUGUGGGUAGAUAUCAUCAGAAAAAUGGUGUGUGUUUAUAUGUGGGUAGAUCUCCUCCGACUGAUGGUGUGUGUGGGUAUGUGGGUAGAUCUCCUCAGACUGAUGGUGUGUGUGGGUAUGUGGGUAGAUAUCAUCAGACUGAUGGUGUGUGUGGGCAUGUUGGUAGAUAUCAUCAGACUGAUUGUAUGAAUGGGUAUGUGGGCAAACCUCAUCAGACUGAUGGUGUGAGCAUGUAGGUAGAUAUCAUCAGACUGAUGGUGUGGGUAUGUGGGUAGAUAUCAUCAGACUGAUGGUGUGAGCAUGUGGGCAGAUCUCAUCAGACUGAUGAUGUGAACAUGUGGGUAGAUCUCCUCAGACUAAUGGUGUGUGUGGGUAGAUCUCCUCAGACUAAUGGUGUGUGUGGGUAGAUCUCCUCAGACUAAUGGUGUGUGUGGGUAGAUCUCCUUAGUGAAGUUGCCUACUUGAGCUUCAUGUUUGCAUUUGUUUAAUUAACAUAUAAUCAAGUAAAACAACGAAUACUUUUAAUAUUGACCAAUAAUCUUCCAAAUUAUCAAAGAAACAAUGAAUUUGUUACAAAUUAACAACAGCAAAACAGCACAAACGAAGCUUACCUGUGCUUACAUUAUGUCUUAUAGACUUUUUAAUCAAAUUGAAAUGUUGCUUCCAGAAAAAUCUGGAGUUUUACUGAAAAUGUCAUUGAAUGCCACUUUGUGAACAAACGACCAAAGAUAUGAAAGUUUGGUUUUAUAUUGUUAAAUGUCCAAUCAACAGCUAUGGUCAUUUAAGGACGUGCCUCCAUGUGUGCAAAGUAUGUCUGCUUGUGUGUGUGUACGCUGGAGGCAGAUAUGAAGGAAUUUUAAUAAUAUCAAGUCAAUCCACGUAUCGUUUUAUUUCAAUUGUUAUUUUAUUUCUCAUGUUAACUUUGAAUUGACGGGUGAAUAACUCCUCCGGACUCGCCACUUAAUUGCCAAGACAUAGUUUGAUAUUUUCAUCAUCAUGUAUAUUAUUCGCAAAUACAUGCAUUUAGUAAUAUUUUUUUCAAAAUGUAACCAGUAGUUUACUUCUUUUAUACAUUGCUGUACGAGUACUCAUCAGCUGCAUACAUUUUUCAGAAAAUUAUCCUAGAUCUGAAGUUUAUGUACACUAGUCAAGAGUAUUAUUUACUGUAAGCUAUGGGUGUGAGAUUGCUAUAUUUUGUGAGCAUGACAUUUGUAAAUGUGCCUGAUGCAAAUCAUAGUUUACUUGAAUAAGGCUAAAAUUAUGGCAUUUGUGUAUAUUUUUAUACCUGAUUUUUGUUUAAUUAUAUUUUACCCUAUCCCAACAAAUAACCCUGUAUACACUUCAGUAUUAAUCAUACAUGUAUAUUGUUUCCUAGCUUUACACUGCAUUACACUGGUUGAUUUACAUCAAGAAAUGUAGGAAAUAUAACUUGUGUGUUUUUCAGUUUUUUAGGUAUAGUAAUUCCUGAUCCCCCCCGCAUAGUUCCUUGUUUAACACAACAAGCACCCUUCACCCAAUUAGCUCCUUUCCUACCUCUCUGGGUUUAUUUCUAAGGCAAUGUAGAGAUUUGUUUCCAAACAAUAUUUUUAAGUAAUUAUAAGUCAUUGAUCAAAUGUACCUAGUUUAUGACUUCUCUACAACAUUUGUGCAUAUUAAAUGAGGAUGCUGCAUUGUAAUUGGCUGAUGGUUUUGAGGAAAUCUUUAUAGGCUUCAAUUGUCAUAUUUCAUUGAAUAUUGCCUGGUAUAUAAUAACUACUCAAAUCAAAUAUGUUUAUCAAGCUAGUACUCUGGUAGUGCUUUUGCGCAAUGGGGAAGUUCUCAUUUUCAAUACAUGAUCUCUUACCGUAGAUAAAAAGGGUCAAAAAUAUAAAAUUAACUGCUUCAAAUGAUUGCCUUCAAAACUAUUACAAGAUAACCCAACAUUUUGUUCAUAUACAUUCUGUAUCUAGCUAGCCGGAAGGAGUGCCUUCUGCUAUUACCAAGUUCUCAUUUUUAUUUCUUGUAUGUUCUAGAUAUUUGUAGUAUUCUUUUUCUGGUGCUAUGUUUGUUUACCCUAAUAUUUGUCAUUUCACAUUUGCUUACCAUUUGCUCAAUUCUUCCAACAUUACAUAGUUCUUGCCUGAAUGGUUAAUAUUUUACUUAAGUCUUCCAUGCGGACAGCCACAGUUCAGUCUCCGAGGCCAUUAUAGCAUAGAUUUUAAGAGUAUUUUCCACCUACCUGUUCAUCUCACUAAUCCAGGUGUUAUAUACACGGUGUGGAAUGGAUGCUAGUAAAAUGUCUGUUGUGUAACAUUUAAGUGAGGCACUAUGGAAAAAGAUGCUGUUUGAAAGACGGUCCCACAACAAAACUGAACAUUGAUACAAGGCUAGCAUAAAAGUAGACACAUGUGGAGGUAUUCAGUCAGUGGCAUAGGACCAGCAAUUUACUGUCCAACUAAGCAACUCCUGCAAUAUCCUGAAUUAGUUAUUAGUAUUAAGUUUAUAGUAUUUGAAUUAUAAAUUGCCUUACAACCAAUACAGAGCGCUAUAUCAAAUGCUGUAUAAUGAUAAUAAUAUACCUUAUAUUACCUAUACAUUUGUAUUGAAUAUUUUUCAUUUGAAAUUUAUUCAACCAAUAUGCAAGUUGCAUUUGUGUUACUUUGUCAAGUAUUUGUUGGUUAAGCCAUAUAAAUGAUGCAUCAACUCCUAACAACAUAUCCUAAACUAUAAUAUAUUCAUGUUUAAAGAAAUUCUUAAAUGAAAUUAUUGGAUGAUGGCAUCUGGAAAGAAAAUUAAUCUACAUUCAUAAAUGGUUAAUAGUUGUAACAAUUUUGUUUCUGCAAAAAAAUGUUAUAAAGGCCGUUUUCUACAAUAUUCCAGUCCAGAUUAAGGAGGUUGGACUGUGAUAUAUGUUGUUUCUAGACCCUCAUGUAGAUCAAAGGAUUGUGGUUAAAAAAUAUCCUGUUCUUGUUAUGCAUUUUGAUAAUCAUAAGAUCUGUGUAUUUUAUGUCCAAUUUUGUAAUUUUUCAUGCAAAUUUAUAUUGUGAUAAAUCCUUAUCAUAACUUAUGCAAAUUAAUGUUUAUACAUGUAAUAAAUACAUUUACAUUCCUGAAAUGUUGUAUUUUGUUGUAU